GUACAUACCAGUGUAUUACAAUGAAGUUAUUAAUUUUUGUGUUUUUUAUAUCUCUUCACUACUCGAUUUCACUUGCUAUCGAAGAACAUGAAAAUGAUGGUAGUAUUACCAUUAGUUACGGGACAGGUAAUCAAUUGACAAUAUCCAGAUCUGUUUUGAAUCCGAAGAAAAUAAACAUCCUGGUCUCGGAGGCAGCAUUCGCCAGUAAGUUUCAAAUAAAUGAAUUUUCUGAAAGAGACAUCCAAAAAGGCGUCUUGGACGGUUUGGGCUCCUACUUUUUCAAAAACUUUACCAAACCGGAAACCACUAAGUUUAAAGUGCUCGCGCAUCUUUUUCGCCAGUUCGAAGGGACCCCUGACAAAGCUGCACUCCAAACGUUGGGGGAAGAACUUGUUAUUUUACUCAGGCACGGAGUCCUCGCUGAAAAAGAUGAAGAUUUCGUCUCACUUUUUAUAACAUUCAAUGCAGAGAACAAUUCUACUACAAUCAUCAAAAUCAAUGAUUUCACCGUUGCAGAAUAUUUGCCGAUAAAUAAGGACCCACCUGAGCAGAAAAAAGUCGAAAUCUUGAGUUUCAAUUUGAAUUGUACUUGCCGCGCAGUGUAAAAAUAAUUUCACAUUUUUGUUUUCUUUCUCUUUAAAUUUUUCUUGUAGAAAAAAAAGUUAUCUAAUCUGUUGCAAGUGAAUAAAAAUUGUUUGAUUCAU